GAACCAAAGAGAGUCGCCAAGAGAACCAGUGGGAAGGCUGAAGUGGAGCUGCUGCAGCCUGCAGGAGAGAUGUUGGUGCUGGGAUGACUGCUCUAUCGGCAAUGCGCUCAACGAUCUCACAAUUUUGGCAAGCACUUGAGCUGAGCAAUUGAUCUUUUGAGCAUAGCUACGAAGCAAGACAAUCCGACACAACCAUGAGACAACACUCUGAACUUCGCUCUUCUGCUCCCACCAAGCGAGUAAGUUUUGGGGACAGCAAAGAAUUUAACUACAAUACCACAAGAACUGAAGACGAGAGGCGGGCGAGCUGGUACUCCAAUCAGCAAUUCGUGGAAAUGAGAGGUCAAGCGUACGGUCUGGCCAAGACAGCUGUUCUUCUCGGAGAAUUCGAGAGAUUGAAUGGAAAUACUCUGCGAGGUCUGGAGAAGAUUAUCCCCAACAAGGCUACCAAUCCCAAGAGACGGCGAAACACGAUCCGCAGCAUUGUGGAGCUUCACCAAAUGGAGGUUAACCCACCAGCAACAGGCAAGGCAGAAGGAAUCAAAGCUACACUUGAAAAGUAUGUGCAAAAGCACGUUGUAGCUGCUCUCAAGAGAGCAAGAGAUCGUGCACUGGAGGACGAGCGAGAAGCCAACAAGAUCUACUAUGAGGGCACCAACGAAUCCUUCAAGAACGUGGCUUUGCAAGAAUCUCUCAAGGCAAUUCCCAGCAGAAGCCCUGCCGCUUAGAUCUCACGAUCCGGGCUCCAACUCCAGACUCCAUCAGCCUCCAUGCAGAUCACUCCUUUGCCUAUAAGACCGAUGCACAGAAUUGUAGAAACACAAACCUUGUCUAUAAAAGCAAACCUUUUGAUACAUUAUAAGACCGUAACACCACUGUAUUGAACAUACUUUUGUCUGGCAGGUAGCUUGUGGGUCGCCUCAAACAAAACAGGAAGCGCAACCUAGGU